AUGGGAGUCUGUGUAACAAAUCGUGUAACGAGUGUAACGGAUGGAACAGAAGAAUGUUUACACAAAAACAUUCUUAAUAUAAAAUUCCAAAGACCAAAGAAUCAUUUGCUUUUAUUGGGGAAGGCUUUGUGGUCAUCCUUGAGCGGCUUGAGUGGUUCUCAAUGGAGAAUUAAAAAUUCAAAAACCGCCAUAGACCAGAACAAGACAGAUUUAAAUAGAAAAAGACGUUCGGGAUCUUCUAUUGAAAGAUUAGGGUAG